AUGACAAAUAUUCACAGUUAUAUGGCAAAUCAUAAAAAAUCGCAAAAUGAUAAAACGACGCUUCCGUUUAUUGUCUUACAGACCGAAAAGAGAAACGUAGGAAUGAAGGAAGUUAUGCAAAGUGCACCAUGGGAUAUUUGUGAGGAAAGAUAUGAAUGCACACCCAGUCAAACAACCCUUUUCCGAUGUCGAAAUCUAUCUGUUACAAUAUUUAUUGCGCAAUGUUUCACACUUCAGACUCAAUUUCAGAUCGAAUAUGAUGACGACUUUGCAACGACUCGAGUUGUUUUGAUGAAACAUUCUCAUGGUGAAAGAAAAUCCUUAAGCAAGCAUAGGAUGAAGUUUAGCGCACAAUCUCAGCAAUUGGGAAACUGUAGGUUACCAUUAUUUUCAGGAAAUUCACUACUUUGCCUUCACAAUACUUUUAGUUGA